AUGCAAACCGAGGAGGAAUGGGUGUAUUUUAAAAACAUUGCAACCAACAUUACACCAGAGCUUUCACCAGAGCAACAGAGAGAACUUAAAAAAGGACGAUGGUUCAUUGGCUUACGGUACCUUUCACAUAACUUAUGGUGCUGGUCUAAUGAUACAAAAGCCUGUAUAAACCAGGCAACAAAUGACACAGGAAAUUGGCGUUGGAAUGCUGAAGAACCAAACAACCCUGAUACUGAGUAUUGUGUUGAGAUGUACCAGAGCGGAAAAUACAACAACAUUAACUGCACAGAAAGGUUUCACUACAUAGGGUUCAUUUGUGAAAAAAAAGUUGGUAUGUAAAGUCACACUAAAUAAUUUUACAUGGCAAAUUGAAUUUUUAGAGAGUGAAUUUGCUUCCCAUAUUUACUGUACAUAUGACUUCUAUUGUGAAUGAGAAAUCACUUCUACUAAACGGACGAUGACGCCGUUCAAACAAAGUUAUAAUAAAUAGAGAUAAUUACAGUGAUUUGAUUUUAUUAUCGUGCUGAUAUAAAAUUGGACUUAUCACCCGCCACCCGCCACACUUUUUCCUAGCAACACAACAACACUCAAUAAAUAUUUCUAGUGUUCACGGUUUUGCGAGUUUCACAGUGAGCCCAUAAAGUGGGUUUCGAUUCAAGAUAUCGCUCCAAAUAUCCAUUGGUCUCUAAAAACUUUUCUCCUCUCGCAGGUUAAUAUUAAUCUAUUGCAGUCUUGUAUUGUUUCAAAUCUACCUAUAUCUUUUGUGUGAAUGUUUUCUAGCUUGUAGCAAGGUCUCCAGAAAGUACUUCUUCUUCAGAAAUCCUCAGACAACAGACAUGCCUUUUACCAGAGAGAACAAACGUCAGAGCAGUGUGACCAAGCCAUCGAUCUUCUUCACGGAAACAACAAUCCAAACGUAUCAGUCAACAGAUGGAAGUCAUGGUAAGCUUGCCUUUUCUUUUGCAGUUUAUAGAUUUUCUAUUACCAGGUCUAAAACACAGCAGCUCAUGUUCUUUUCAAAGUUUCCUCCUUCGUCAAAGAAAGCCCACUGCGUUUUUCGCUGGAAAUAUUCAGCAAUAUUUUUCGCAGUUACUUAGCAACAGUUCAGGUCACUAAAUGCUUCAAAAGUUGCUGUUAUCUCAAUCAUGCCUUCAUCCAAAUGUGAUUACUUGAUUUACUCAAAUAAGCACUAUGACAAUCAUUACAGUUUUACUCUUGGUGCGGCACACAAUCGGAAGUAAAGCUUGCAAUCAAGGGCCUCCUAUGAGCCAACUCAUGUGUAGAAUCUCUGAUAAAUAAACAGCUCGAUGAACACGGAUUUAACCACAAAAGAAAGUGCUUUAAUUAACAUGGCCAACCUACCUGCUUACCAUCCCCAUACAUCAUGUUACACUGCACAAAGUAUACAUAGGAAACUGCGCUCAAUGUAAAAGCUACACGAAAUAUCCUAAAUCAUGAAUUGCUCAUGCUGGGCAAAUAUUUUCUAUGAUAACCUUUAACUCUCCGAAUCCACACACAAAAAAAGAGAAAAACUGUAAUAAUUUAAAGCGCUCACACCCUUAUAGACCCUUAUACACCCUUCAUACUUUAUUGGUCUCUUUAAGGGGAUAGCGCUGCACUAAACACGCUGGGCAAGAGCUUACUCACUCUUAUACCUUGUUUAGUUUGAUAGGAAACUGUGUGAAACAAUGAACCUAAUAAAACCUGGCUUAGUAGCUAUAAGAAUCUCUACUUGUAUUUUAUGUGGAAUGCAAAAGUCCUUUUUAAACCCUUUUAGAAGAUUUUUGUGUCACCCACACUAAAAGCGACAUCUCCCUUAAAAAUAAACCGUUAUAAGAGACCUUAAAAUCGAGGUUUGGCCACUUUACCGCAAACAGCAAAACGCGAUCUGCGCUUAGCGAUUUCACGUUAGCCGUCUGCGCAUAUUUGGGGCUCAAAAUUCGCAGGUGGUAGCUCGUGGCAUUCGUUUUUUUAUUUAUUCAUUCGUUCACUUAGCUGAGAAAUCGUCUUCAAAAUUACGUUUCGUUGAAAAAGAAUUCGAUGAUUAAUAAGUCAGAGAGAUCCAAAAAGUAGUAUAUUCUCUCAAAAGUGGGUUUGUGAUGUUUUACAUGGGCGUGGGGGACCCCCCAGGUAGGUGAGGUAACCCCCUUAGGUCGGUGGUCGGGUAAUCCACCUAUCCGUAUAAUCUCUCAUUUCAAUUCGAUCACGUUUACAUGAUAGGUGGGCUGACCCGCCCAGGUGGGUUACCAGGUCUGCUAGACCAGGUAACCCUUUUAGCCGAGGUCAACUACUGCCAACGUUUCAACUAGCUCUGCUAAAUUGGAUGCCCCUGGAUAAAUAUUGAUUAAAGUAAAAAAAGUGGGGUAAAGUGCCUUACCGGGGUCGAAUUCGGGCAUCAAAUUAGUCGACUGGACAACUAACUACCUUUGCUUGGCGGAGGCUUCGCGUCAUAAAAAUGACAAUAGCAAGCCACAGCACAAACCGCCACUACACUUCGUUUUUCCGCCAUUUGUUGUUUACUUGCUUAACGAGCAUUUAAUAAUAUAAUCCCAGAGGAACGGGAACGAGGCCGGAGGAACCGUCCUCGCGAAACGUCCCUAGCAGGCGAAGAGAGAGGAGAAACGGUUGUUUUCGCAGGCUAGGUAAAGACCCUUAGACCCAUGAACAAUAAAACAAAUUGAAACAAUUAAACAAAUAGAUUCCCAGGUUGUUUUUUGGACUGAAGUAGUUUUCAAUUCUCAAAAAAGACAACUGAACAUGUACAGUUUAAACAACAGUGGAGGUUGUCCUGAGUAAAGAACGUUUGAAAGGUAUGCCAUAGACAACCUUUAACAUUUAGUAGCCGUGAACCACCCAGUACUCAAAACGAUUUGGGAAGCCGUUACUUUAAGGAGAAGACGACUAAUGCAUCCACAUCCAGCUGUGACAAUAGGAAACGAUAAACUUUCCAUAGUAAAGAACCAUGCGUUCUUAACUUGCAGAGAAACUACUACCAGUUGAGUUUCCUUCUGAUCGCCCCAGUAAGGGAGCAAAUAUCACUUUCAUCGUGUCCACAGCUCUAGCUGUGUUGCUGGUGGUCCUGCUAAUUGUCUUAGGAUUCAUUCUUUGGCGAAGGAGACUCCAUAAAAAUACAGGUAAAAAAUUAAGAUCCUGUAAACGUUGAAUAUUGUAGUACUCUAGCAGUUGAACUUUCCGUGUCACUCUUGUCAAAAAAGGCUAUAUGUAUACAAGGUUUAAUCUACAUAAAGGCUAAUAAGUGUCUGUCUGAACUUGAUAAACAGUGCCCACUGGGUUUUUGCUUGAACGCUGGCACCGCCCAUGUUAAGCUUGGCUAGCCGGAACAAAUGGAGGGGGCUAACUGACUAGCCCGCGGAUAGUGGGAGGCUGCCAGCUCUGUGUCAAAAAGUAGAGGGGUGGAGAGGGAGCUUUUGACACAUUGAUUAGCGUUUUUAGUGAGAGAGCGGUGCAAAGUCAAAAUUGUCCCUCCCAACGAGAAUUGUAGUGUCAAUAUCAGAGCUCUGGGUGAGGGAUUGUCUGUCAUGCGUGGAGACGGUGAGUACUUAGUUUGUGGACUUGGCUCUAUAGAGACUGCAGGCACUUUGCACCAAAACAAGUAAGACAAUAGGCCAUUUACGAGUUCCCACGGGCCUCUGCAUGAAAACGAGGUUAACUGCUCAGCCUUUCAUAUGAAAUGAUUUUUCAUUCUCAUGCGAAUAAAACUCAUUUUUACAAGACAGGUUGUGCACUUGGCCUCAUUUUGAAAGUGAGAGUUUUUUUAACUCGAAGUAACCUAUUAAUCAGGCAUAUUGUACAAAUUUUUCACUUCCUCCUUUUGUUGCUCCUUUCUACAUCACAUUAUCCUGGGUGCCAGAGACCUUUCUAGCGCGGUUUCCGGUUUCUGUCAAGUCUUUAUAGGCAAGUCUUUACGGUGACCCGCGCGAAAAGUUUUUCUCGCGGCUUCGCCGCUCGUGGCUCCGGCCUACGGCAGAAGAUGUGUCGGCCGUCGGCCGACACCGAAAAUUCCCGCCGCACGCGAGAAAAACCUCUGAUACCCAGAGUAACAUUACAUCCUUACAUGUAUUUUCUUCCUUCCUUCUUCCUUCCUUAAUACUUAACAGCUCCCUGUCAUCUUUGCUUUCUCUAUCCUUGCCCUUUAUGUUUCCCUAAAAUAGUCCGGUAUUUUUUUGUACUGAGAAAACGAAUUACAACUCUUUAGGCAAUAAUUUUCUGGUUUCGUUGGGUUGCAGUAUUUUCCAACAUUAAAGGAUGCAUUGCGUCGGUUUACUAUUUCAAAUUCUUUAUCUAGAUUUUUCGGCUCCAUACACCCCCAAUGUACCUAUUAUUUACUUUGAGUUCGCUUGAGUAGAAAGAAUCCGAUGUUCCGAAAGGGGUCAUCUUAUAGGCUUAAUAGAUUUUUCACUGGCUAUUCUGCUUUAUUGUAUUGUUAACUGUAAUUCGAACUCAAGAAACAAAGAGUCGGGGGAUACCAGGGGCACCCAACGAGAAUAUAGUUCAAAACCACUUAAACAUAGCAUUGUUAAACGUAUUUUAGUAUUUAAACGGUAGAUAUAGGCAUAUUUUUAUCCCCUAAAAAUUUUUCAUCUGUUCGGAUUUCCUAGCUGAAAGUCUAGUGAUCCGAAAAUUAUAGGGAUCAAAACUUACCUUUUCGAAAAUUCCAGCCAGAAAAAAGGCUCCCGAAAAUUCUAGGUGACCUUUUUAGGGUAAAAGUCCGUUAAAAAUAGGCAAUUAGACCCUUUUUUAGAUGUUCGAAAAUCCUAGGAAGGGCAGGCAAGCAAGUAAUUUUACAACAAAUGUUCCGAAAAUUCUAGAUCUCAAAUCGUCUUCCGAACAGAUAUUUCCCGAAAAUUGUCGUUGGGUGCCCCCUGGAUACUCAUCGCAUUUUAAUUAUUUUUUGUUACAGGGGAUCGGCAACAAAGCCAUGAGGUUGACAACAUCGAACGAGAGCCAUCUGUACCAAGGCAAACCUCGUGCGAUGAGACCUAUUUUCUUCCGAACGCCAGUUCUUGUUCUCUACCGGAUGAGAUAACAAUAGAAGGGCCUGACCUCUACGCAGUUAUCGACAAGACUGGUAAUAAAGACGGUCAUAGUUCAAGCAACAUGUCGAUACCUUGCCAAACAAUGCCACACAGUGACGAACAUGUCGUCACCUUUUGCCCGACAUUGGAACCUUUGUUGAAGGCCAAAGAACACAUUUAUGAAAAUACAACACAGGAAGACUCGAAACGAAAGCCACCGUUAUACCCCACGCCAUAUUGUGCAAGAUACAAGAGGCCCCAGGUGCAUUCAGACGACACAGAAAAGGAGUACGUGUAUGCGGUUGUUGACAAAACCAGGGCCAAGAAAACUAACGAUGAGGUAAUUGCAGAGAUAUUUAUGUUUCGUAGUCAUGUGCAAUUGUAUUUCCAUGGAAUUUGACCUCGGGAAAAUUUACCAAGAGGUAUCCAAUCUAUCUAUUCACAGAUAUCUUGGAAUAAUUAUUCAUGUGGCUAGAAAGACUUUGUACACUCGGGGACAUUCUCCAAUAAUAAAUUACCACACAUGUAGAGCAGUAUUCGUCAAAUAAACUACUAUGGAGAGAGACUGCUAGUCAAGAAUGACUUUAUCUAACCAACGCAGUUUUAAACACCAACUGUUAUUGUGUUACUGCCAGUAAAAAUUCUCAAAAGUUCUAAACUUCCGUUUUGUAUAAUACUGAAUUACAAGAAGUGCCGUGUGAAAGCACUGCCAACAAGGUUUUAUAUGAAUGGUACCCUGUGAGCAGGCUCUCUGUUUGGGGGAAAAAAUAGCAAGGGAAGGGAAGGGACAAACCUAAACGUGCACUAUCGAAGAUGAACUUAACAUGGAUGGAUCGAUGGAGGUAAGCAUGUUUUAGCCAUGUUUUUAAACAAGGAAUUCUUUUGAAUGAAUAAUAAAACAAUUAUUGAAUUCGGCUUUCGUAUCAGAUAAGGAAUUAUGGAGAUCUGGAAGGGUGUUAUCCGUCGAGGCCGUAACACCCUCCUCGAUCUCCAUAAUUCUUAAUAAGAUACUCAGCCUCAUUCAUUAAUUGUUAAUUUAUUACCAAGUGAAGUGCUCACCUCACGGCGGCAACAAAUUAUUUUUUUCGUCUUUCUUAAAAUCAGUGGAGUAUUUAAAAUCCAUAGCACGUGUAGACGGCCUUAAUGCGCUAGUGUUCUUUAAUUCGUUUUCAAACCGAAGACUGCGGUGCAUAACUAUUCAGAUGAAAACGAAAUGAAAAUUUAUUUUCAUGUGAAAACUUCAGUAUACCGUAUUUAUUCGAUUGAAACCGCCCUCGAUCAAACGUCGCAGAUGCAUGGAAACAAAAUUACCAAUAAACGUCUCCCUUGAAUAAACGCUCUAUUGGGCGUAAUCAACUGAUAAAUGAAAGUCAAUUUUACAAGGUAAAAAGAUUGAAAACCUAAACUUUCGUGCGCUAGGUUAUCCUACAACCUGUCUGGCAAUAGAGAGGAGAAGUGUGACGUCACGUUACCACGGUGUACUAUUUCUGGAUGACAACAAAACCAACGACGACGAAGACGGCAAGGACAACGGCAAAAAAUAAUAUCUUUAUAUCAAGAAACAACAACUUUCCACGUGAAUCACGCUAUUUUGUACAUAUCCUUGCCGUCGUUGCACCACUACGACAUGAAACGUCCUAAUUUCGUGAGCCCGCUUUAUGGAGUAGGUAAACACAACCACAAAAAUUGUCGCUUUCUUUUUCUAAACAUAGAUAACGACAGAUACGGUCCCAAAGAAACUUCCGCCAACAUUUGCCAAAUUAAAUGAAAUUAAACAAGAUCGGUGAAGUUUGAAAUAGCGCGAAUAGACUUUAAAGUGACUUUAUCGGUUUGUUGUCAUUCAAAAAUUUUGCUACCAUGACAACGUGACGUAACGACUUCUCCUCUCUAUUUGUGCGAAUUAGCGAGAAAGUUGCAUGAAACGUUCCCGAGGGUAAUAACUCCACCCAUGUAAAGGAAUACAGGAACAUUUUGCCUGUGGAAUCCGUAAUCCUGGGCUAACAAAGAAUGAAAUCUGGAAUCCACGUCGUAGAAUCCAGAAUCCAAGAAUGCCUUGAAUUCCCUCACAUGGGGUGAAAAAAAAACCGAAAUGAAGCAUUUGUCUUACAUUAGAGUUGCGAGAAGUACAACUUGGUUCGACGUUGUGCGCCGAACAAAGACAGCCAACGAAAACGUUGCGACACAUGGCGAUUUCAGGGGAUGUUACUAGGAAAUUGUGUUGUAACGAAAUUGCGAGACAAGUUGAGAGAGCAAUAGCCCUCUGUAGCGGGAACCUAAUUAACCUGUUUUCUUUCCAUCACAGACUUGUGGUCUCGUGUAUACAGAACUUGAGUUGAAGCCUACACAAGAUGAAGACGAAACUGAAGUAACAGCCAAGGGGUGUGUCACCAUUUACUCUAGUAUAAAGGAGCAACAGUAAAGAUGGCACUAAGUGACAUCCUCUGAAGACAGGAGAUCCCAUUAGAAAUUGCACGCUCAGUAAUAAUUAAUUUGAAAUAUUAUUUGCUGAUAUUCGCCUACAAAAAGUAACCAUGUUUAUAGUUUCCUACAGCUGUAGGUCAAUAGACCUCACUAGCUUGUAUGUUUUGUUUUCUCAAUACAAGUCACGUGAUAAUACUCUA